AAUUAAAAAUAAAAUAACCCUAAAAUAAAGCAGCCUUCAUCCUCUUGUCUAUCUCCCCUGUUCGCUCCUCCAUCUUCUAAACCUAAAAAACAGCCGACGACGACAGAUCUUCUUUCAUUCGCAGGGAAGGAAGGUAAGGUUCAAUCAGCCUGCAAGCAGAAUUUGCAACUAAUCAACCAUGAGACGGAGCUUGGGAAAGCUUUCACACCCCGCUAUCGGACACACUAGUAGAAAAGCUCUUCUCUUGUCCUCACCGUUUGACUUUUCCACACACGCCGGAGGAAAUAGCGGUGGUGGUGGUGGCGGUAGAGGUCGGGGCCGCGGCUCCGAUUUCCCCAAAUUCAGUUUUGUAAACUCCGGACCUAAUGAGAGUGAGGAAACACGUCCCGAUGACGAGACACCGUUUCGGGCCCCGCUUGGUCAUGGUCGCGGCAAACCGCUCCCGCCCCCUCCGAACGUUUCCCGAUUUUCUUCUCCCGAUCCGCCAAGUGGCGGUAGUGUCGCCGGUCGUGGUCGUGGCGCUGGCAUCGUACCACCACCGUCUCCGUUUGAGGAAAGUUUAAAACCGAGGGAACCGAUAUUCUUCCGCAAGGAAGGAGACGUAACAUUACCGCCAAAAGCACCAACCGAAGAUCGAUCCGGGAACCAAGAAAAGAGUAACCUCCCGUCAGGUAUUUUGUCGGUUCUAUCUGGUGCGGGCCGUGGACGGCCCACACCACCAAUGACACAUGAAGCUAGUGAGAAGGUUAACGAAGUUAACCGCCAUAUUCGACCUAGAAAACCCGUGGGCCAAGAAACUCGACCCGCAGAACCGCGGGCCCCGUCUCCUAAGAUGAGUAGAGAGGAGGCGGUAAACAAGGCAAAGAGUGUUCUUUCAAGGGAUGACAAUGGUAUUGAUGGUGGGGCCCGAGGAGGAUCUAGAGUGGCGGCAAGAGGUGACGGUGGCGGGAGAGGGCAACGGGGUCGGUUUAGUGAUAGGGGGCGGGGGCGAGGCAGGGGUAGGGGUAGGCAGAUGUCGAAUCGUGAUGACGAUGACAAUGAAGAAGACGAGGCAGAAACCGAGGCUGAUAAAGCUAACGAGGAGAAGCUGAGAAAAUAUCUCGGGGACGAAAAAAUGGAUAUGUUGGUUCAAGCGUUUGAAGAAGCUGGUGCGAACGUUUUACCUUCACCUGAAGAAGAUGCUUAUGUUGAUGCUAUGCAUACCAAUCUUAUGUUGGAAUGUGAACCGGAAUACUUGAUGGCUGAGUUUGAUUCUAAUCCCGACAUUGACGAGACACCACCCGUUCCUCUUCGAGAUGCACUUGAGAAAAUGAAGCCAUUUUUAAUGGCUUAUGAAAACAUUCAAACUGAAAAAGAAUGGCAGGAUGUUUUGGAAGAGACAAUGAAGCAUGUCCCGUUAAUGAAAGAACUUGUAGAUCAUUAUAGUGGACCAAACAGGUCAACUGCUAAAAAACAAGGGGAGGAACUUGAAAGAGUCGCAAAAACUUUGCCUGCAAGUGCACCUCAGUCCGUAAAACGUUUUACCGAUAGAGCUGUUCUUUCUCUACAGAGCAACCCUGGAUGGGGAUUCAACAGAAAAUGCCAAUUUAUGGAUAAGCUGGUUUGGGAGGUUUCUCAGAGUUACAAAUGAGGACGCUGUAAUUUGUCGCGUUCUGAUAAUUUGGCGUACGGUAAGAUCAAGUUAUUUCAGUUUGUUCACUUUUGAAUAGGUAAAACAGAGCGGGUUCGCAUGAGUUAAUGAUCUUUUAUUUCAUCAUAAUUUUUUGUGUUCUGUAAUAAUCCUUGAUAGAGUUAUGCUUGAUUCAAGAGCGGCAGCAAGCCGUCAAUAACACCUUAAGCCUGGUUCCUAUUUAGAAUCGUCGUUGGUUGAUGUAGGUUUGGUUAAACUGUAUACAAACUAAAUUAAUGUUGAUUGCUUUUACUAUGUGA